CUCGUCUCUAAACGUUAAAGGAGAUUCUAAGAAUUAAAGAAGAGAAGAAGAGGACGACAGCAGUGGAGAUGGCCACUUACUGUCAGGUUUUGGUGGAAGAGAAAUCGAGUGUUAGAAUCUUGACACUAAACAGGCCAAAGCAGCUGAAUGCUCUGUGUUUCGACAUGAUCUCUCAGUUGCUGCAACUGUUCCUUGCAUAUGAGGAAGACCCUAGUGUCAAACUUGUCAUCCUAAAGGGUCAGGGAAGAGCCUUCUGUGCUGGUGGCGAUGUUCCACUUGUUGUUCGUGACAUCGUACAAGGCAAAUGGAGACUCGGUGCCGAUUUCUUCUCAGAUGAAUACAUACUAAACUAUGUUAUGGCCACGUAUAGCAAACCUCAGGUUUCAAUUUUGAAUGGUAUUGUCAUGGGAGGCGGAGCUGGUGUCUCUAUCCAUGGUCGAUUUCGUAUUGCAACUGAGAAAACGGUUUUUGCCAUGCCUGAGGCAGAACUAGGGCUCUUUCCAGAUGUAGGCGCCUCCUACUUCUUGUCAAGGCUCCCUGGUUUUUUUGGAGAGUAUGUUGGCCUCACAGGAGCUAGGUUAGAUGGCGCAGAAAUGCUUGCUUGUGGUCUUGCAACUCAUUUUGUGCCUUCAGCGAGGUUGGCUGCAUUAGAAGAAGAUCUUUGCAGAGUUAGUUCAAGUGAUCCAACCUUUGUCUCCACAAUUCUCAAUGCAUACGCUCAGCAUCCGCACUUGAAACAGCAAAGUGCUUACCACAGGCAAGUGUUAGAAGUUAUUGAUAAGUGCUUCUCGAGGAGAACCGUCGAAGAAAUCUUAUCUGCACUUGAGAAAGAGGCCACUCAGGAACCAAAUGAUUGGAUCUCAAAAGCCAUUAGAGCAAUGAAAAAGGCUUCACCAGCAAGCCUUAAAAUCGGUCUUAGAUCGAUAAGAGAAGGACGAUACCAAGGGGUGGGGCAGUGUCUUAUACGUGAGUAUAGAAUGGUGUGUCAUGUGAUGAAAGGAGAUAUAAGCAAAGAUUUUGUGGAGGGGUGUAGAGCCAUAUUGAUAGACAAAGAUAGGAACCCAAAGUGGAAGCCACGGAGUUUGGACGAGAUGAAAGACAACAUGGUUGAGCAAUACUUCAAGAGAGUGGAGGGAGAAGAAGGGUGGGAGGAUCUAAAGCUUCCACAAAGGAAGAACUUGCCUCCUUUAGUGAUCUCAAAGCUCUGAAGUGGAGAAGUUGAUGAAGUGAAGAAGUUGAUGGAGAUGACACGCUAGCAUUCAAAUCCUCGUUCCUUGUUGCUAGUCAUGCAUGUUGAUAUAAAAUACUUACUUAGAUUUUACUAAUCGAUUGUUUCUCUGCUUUUAUAAGUCCUUAGUUACUGUUGAACGUUCAAUAACGAGAGAAGUAUAGUUUUCCUUAUGUCUAGGGACCUAUCUCUCCACUUUUCCGACUUUCUCUACGAUUUCAUAUUUCUUUUGCUUAUUUUUGUUUCAUUUUACCUGUUUAGUGUUUUAUUCUACGUACAUUUUGAUUGGAACCGC